UCACUGGUGUAAAUAAAUAGGCGUCUCUGGGCUGAGAACCCACAGCAGAGACUCAGAGCUGAAGUCUGAACUCCACCUUCAGGCAGAAUGAGGUUCAUCCCCGGGUGUCUGCUUCUCCUGCUGCUGAUCAGCAGCCUCUCUCCAGCCCACGGUGUUCUGGAGGCCUGGAACACGAACUUCAAGUGCAAGUGCAUGAAGUCGGUUUCACGCCUGAACAAGCGCAGCAUCAUCAGCAACAUUUCCCGGGUUGCAGCCUAUAUGCCUGGGGAUCAUUGCCCACGCAAGGAAGUCAUAGUCUGGCUGAAGAAUGGGCCAGCUCUAUGCUUGAAUCCCGAAUCUGAGUGGACACAACGUCUGUUGAAGAAUGUCCAGAAGUCCAACAGCCUGCCAAGUGACAGAAAGCCCACAUAAUAGACACAGAAGGCCUGAUGCCAAUAUUCCAGCACGGACACCUGCACCCCUCCUCAUUCCUGCUCGCGGUUCAGUUUUAUGAGCAGUUGAAUCUUUUUAUUUUUUAUUUUUUAAAGAGCUUCCCCAUACAAGCAAGCAUGAAAAUAUAUGUAAAAAUCACCCUCUGGAGGCUGAUAUGGCAAACCUGAAGUUUUUGAAUAAAGUAGUCUAAUACUUGGAGUUUGCAUUCUUAAGUUCCAUUUAAGUGUCUUUUGAUAAUAUAUCUAUUGUUGAAUGCUAAAUUUUCCUAUAAAAAUAAAGGCAUGGAAAUUUAAACCUCAAAUCUGAACAUCUGGCUUGAGUACGAAGGAAAUGAGGGAGGGUUUUUCAAUCAUUUUAUACCCAAGGAAAAGCAGGCUUCCAUAAGAGACUGAAAAGCUUCCAGGGAAACCCACAAAACAGCUUCCAUUUAAAAGCUCACCUUUAAGAGGAUGGGGUCUUUGUCCUACUUUUAAAGAGUUCCCUUAUAGGAGUUACUAUCUUAGAUAAAAACCAGUAACAUUCAAACAUCCCCAUUCCUAAAUUCAUAGUAUAUUCUGGAAAGGCACUUAUAGGGUGAUAUUCAGAUGUAUUCUUUUAUAUGUUUGAUGACAGAUGUUUUUACUCCCAUCUUUUGCACAGAAAUGUUGUUGUUGGUCUCUGGUACCCACUUCUAUAAUGCUUCUAAUUAGUCUAAUGCUAUUCAAUAAACUUGAUCAAACAUUUUACUUAA